CCUGGAGAAAGGAUUGCCGACCAAUACAAAUCGAGGGCUUUUAUCCGCUUGGCUUCAUGCAGCCAUGUGGGCCAAUGUGAUAGCUCAAACACACGCUCUCUACCCCCGUUUCGCACAAUACCCAAAAAAUCGCAUUCACUCGGUGGAUAUAAACAGUAAAUUUGUCUUCGAUACAAAACCACACCGUCAACUGACCAGUCUUGCUGAACCCGUGUAUUUCCGGCCAGCCCUUCCUUCCUUGCAAUAUGCCCUAAUUGUCCAAUGGAUGCUAGACAUGUCCUAUACCACGGGAGUUAGUCUGGGUAGCUCGCAGCUCCUCUGCUCAUCCCCACUGCUUGGGCGUUUCGACGCGCGCGCGCCUCUACGCGUCUGAUAAUAAUGCUGUUUCUCGGUCGUAUAAAUUGUGGGCAUUCUAAAGGCUUUCAAGCCUAUCAACCGCAAUGUCUAGAAACCGGCGUGCUCCAAAGCCGAGUACACCGAGAAUUCCAAAUACACCAAGGGCAACGAACACACAGAGAGAGCAACUGGAGCCAUCCAGUGUCGCCAAACGCCCGCGCACUCCCAUGACAUGGAAGCGCUGGAACCACCGACGGGACCGUCAGGUGCUUCUAGCUAUAUUUGCCCAGACGAACAUGAAGGUUCCCAACUUCAAAGAACUUUCGGAGAUACUGGGAGGAGAGGAAUAUUCUGUGGAUAUGCUAAGACGACGCUUCAUCUACCUGUGUGAGAUGGCAGAGGAGUACCGCGAAGAGCGUCAGGAGGUAGCCGCAGAGAUGGGUAAUAUGAGCCCCAAGAUUGAAAGCGACGAAGACGACGAUCAAUUAGACGACGAAGAAUUCGAGGAUGAUGUCGUUAUUGUUGGCGAGACAACAUCCCCACAGGCGGAUACGCCGUUGCCCUACCGGCAGCAAAACCCAAACCCAAACCGGAACCCCCUUGGCCGACCAAAUCGGACAGCACGACAACCGCCCAUUACCCCAACGGGGCCUUCUCGGUUUACGCAGAAUGCACAAGUCAGGGGUCCAACCCAGCCGCCGCAAGGACGGCAGAGAAAUAAUGUACAGAGAAAUUGGAACCAUGGAGCUCCCAACCGACCUCCGCGGGCUUCCAUUUCAACGAACGUUCACUAUGUGGAGAGUCCACAGUACGCGGUCGAGGUGAACCACCACCCUUCUCAUCGGUAUUUUUAGUAUGUGGGGUUGGCGUGUAUAUAUAAUUGUGUUUGAGCUGCUUUCUG